AGAGAACGAGCCCACCAAGAGCCACCAAUGCAGCCUCUACACACUCUUGUUGAGUACGCGACAUAUUUACUUAAGAGAGCAAAAGAGAUAAAGACAAUACAAUGUUUUAAUGACACGCAAGUAACGGAAUGUCCCGAGUCUCAUGUCAAUUUAUUUAUUUCUUUUGACAGUUCUGUUAUUUAAUCAGAUGGCGAAUGAUUACGACGAUGACAGAACAGCUUGGAGAGAUGACAUGCAUCGCGGGGAUGAUCCAUCAAGCGAGGAAGUGCUUGACAAUCCCCAGGAAGUACUUCAGCAAUGUCUGGACAAAUUUAAGACUCCAGAUUAUAUAAUGGAGCCUGGAAUAUUUACCCAGCUCAAAAGGUACUUUCAAACUGGAGGCAACCCGGAGCAAGUAAUAGAACUGUUAUCCCAAAACUACACAGCAUGCGCGCAAAUGGCGAACCUGCUAGCAGACUGGCUGCUCAUAGCAGGCGUGGACGUGGGAGACGUGCGAGCGAUGAUAGAAAACAACCUAAAAGAUGUAAUCCUGAAGACCUUCGACCCUAAAAAGGCUGACAAAAUCUUCACCGAGGAGGGAGAGACGCCCGCUUGGUUAACAGAGAUGAUCCAGCACCACACCUGGAGAUCGCUGAUUUACCGGCUGGCUGAAGAAUACCCCGACUGCCUGAUGUUGAACUUCACCAUCAAACUAAUCUCGGACGCGGGCUUCCAGGGAGAGAUCACGAGUAUCUCCACCGCUGCUCAGCAGAUCGAAGUGUUCUCCCGGGUGCUCAAGACAGCUAUCACCGGGUUUCUCCAGAGCACCGAAAACUGGCAGAACAGCAUCCAGGAAUGUGCCAAAAUGGUCUGUCACGGGCAGCACACAUACGUUUACAGCCAAGUGUUGCUGCAGAUCCUCGCCCAGGAGCCCCGAGGCGGGUUCAUGAUGAAAAGACUGUCCCAGGAAAUCACCAAAUGCGCCCAACAGAACCGACACGACGUCACGCCUAUUACCAUGGCGUUGAACGGUGCUGCUGGCAGUCCUGCAGCGUGCCAAGCUUUGACUUCCAUGUUGUCGAGGAACAACCUCAACCCCGCGGACAUUUCCGUCCUCUACAGACACUAUUCUUCCGCAGAGCCACCUCCGAUCGAGCUGGUGAGGAAUCCCCAGUUUCUGGAGCUGCUUGUCGACGUCCUCUUCAAGCCUGGGGUCAAGCUCAACCCCGAACACAAGAGCAAGUACAUCUACCUGCUAGCUUACGCUGCUAGCGUCUGCGAAACCUUGCCGAAAAAAGGAAACGCGAGGAAGCUGAAUAAAGACGAACUGAAGACCACCAUCCAGGCCAUCGAGAAGGUCCACAAUAUCUGCAACAUCAACAAAGGAUCCACGGAGCUUAUUGCUGAGCUCAACACUCUCUACCAGGCGAUCAGGUUCCCUGUAGUCAGUGUUGGAGUCAUCAGGUGGGUCGAAUGUACUGUCACAGAACCUUCUUACUUUAAAUUAAGCACCGAGUACUGUCCAGUUCAUCUGGCUCUUCUGGAUGAAGUGGUCACUUGCCACCACUUGCUACAUCCCAAAGUUCUUCAGCUUCUGAUCCAGCUGUUUGAGAGCAAGCAAGACGAGCUGGAAAUUUUGGUACAGUUGGAGAUGAAGAAAAUGCUGAUUGACCGCAUGGUUAAUUUACUCAGUAGAGGAUGUGUCGUUCCAGUUGUUUGCUAUAUCAAGCAGUGCUGGCAGAAAGAUGAUACUGAUAUUAGUCUGAUUAGGUAUUUUGUUACUGAGGUCCUAGAGGCCAUCGCUCCGCCUUAUACGCCCGAGUUUGUGGAAAUGUUCCUGCCCAUGGUUGAAAAUGAGGAAAUUACUGGAACUAUGCGUGGGGAUAGCGAAAAUGAUCUUGUUUCUGAGUUUAUUGUUCACUGCAAAGCCCAUUGUCCGGUUGAGAGAUGACGAUUUAAAUAAAACUAUUGAUGUGGCCAAAUAAAUGAAUUACCAUCGUUAUUUUUUAAUUUUGAUGGUAAUAUAUUUUAUAAUUAAUAUUUAUAACCAUGGUGUGGGAUGAGUGAAACUCUCUACCGAUCUGCGAGGCUGUUUAUGUGGUUUCUGAACAAAAAUAUUAAAUUGUAAAAUUAAUAAUUGAUAAGUUGAUGAAUAAAGUUACUCAAAUUUUAA